CAUGCCUGCAGCCAAGUCUGGGAGGGUUUCCUGGACAGAGGUCCUCGCAGCAGCUGCUCAACCCUGCAGCCUGGUCACCGCGCCCACUGUCCAGCCCAGGCGCACUGCAGGCAGCCGCAGCCGCAGCCCGGUGCAGAGCAUGGAGCUUCGGGGGGCUUCCCUGCUCCUCUGCCUCGUCUCCCUCCUGACCCAGGUGACCGCUGAGGCACCAUCCCCCAAGGUCAAGAAGGCUGCAAAUAGCAAGAAAGAGGUCGUGAGCCCGAAGAUGUUUGAGGAGCUCAAGAGCCAGCUGGACAGCCUGGCCCAGGAGGUGGCCCUGCUGAAGGAGCAACAGGCCCUGCAGACGGUCUGCCUGAAGGGCACCAAGGUGCACAUGAAGUGCUUUCUGGCCUUCGCCCAGGCCAAGACCUUCCACGAGGCCAGCGAGGACUGCAUCUCGCGCGGGGGCACGCUGGGCACCCCGCAGACAGGCUCGGAGAACGACGCGCUGUACGAGUACCUGCGCCAGAGCGUGGGCAGCGAGGCCGAGAUCUGGCUGGGCCUCAACGACAUGGCGGCCGAGGGCGCCUGGGUGGACAUGACCGGCGGCCACAUCGCCUACAAGAACUGGGAGACGGAGAUCACGGCGCAGCCCGACGGCGGCAAGGCCGAGAACUGCGCCGCCCUGGCCGGCGGCGCCAACGGCAAGUGGUUCGACAAGCGCUGCCGCGACCAGCUGCCCUACAUCUGCCAGUUCGCCAUCGUGUAGCCCUGGGGACGCCAGGGCCGGGGCGGGGCCGGGGGCGGGGCGGGGCGGGGCGGGGCGGGGCGGGGGCGGGGCCGGCCAGCCUCGGGCCCCUGCUGCCAGGGCUUGGAGCCCCCUUUGCAAAUAAAGUUGGUGCAGCUUUCGGAG